AUGCCAGCAGAUGACGAAGAUUCAAAUGGAUCUGUCAAAGACAUCGCCAAUGGCAAGAUCGAGGGCUACACACACCUCCUCGCAUCUGCAGAGCCUACGUCAACCCUGACUGCGGACUCCCCGACUGGCUCAGUCAGUCAUGACAAUCGACCCCCUUCGCUGAGACAGUCUUCUCUCUCACAUCCUCGCCCUGAUGGCACCCCCCGAACGACGAACCGAGUACGGUUCGACAUCGACGAGCAGUCGACCAUCCGAGAUCCAGAGGAGUGGGUCGACGACGAGGAUUACCUCACUUCUCCGAGCCAGCAUGCUCCCCUGUUGACCGAUAUCACUCCCCCGGCGCAGUCCCCCUUUCUCUCCGAAUCCUUCCAGCCAGAGGACCAUUUGCCCGACGCAAGGCCCAAGAGUGGGAUGCGCAGUGCGUUUAUGAAUAUGGCCAACUCUAUCAUUGGGGCUGGCAUUAUUGGUCAACCGUAUGCUUUCCGGCAAGCUGGUAUGACCAUGGGCAUCAUACUGCUUGUUAGUCUGACAGUCACCGUGGACUGGACAAUUCGCUUGAUCGUCAUCAACAGCAAACUGUCUGGAGCAGACUCCUUUCAGGCGACUAUGCAACAUUGCUUUGGGUCCAGUGGGUUAGUCGCUAUUUCGGUCGCACAGUGGGCGUUCGCGUUUGGCGGGAUGAUUGCGUUUUGUAUAAUUGUUGGAGAUACUAUCCCACACGUCAUCGAAGCAUUGAUCCCCGGAUUGAGGGACAUCCCUUUUCUAUGGCUUCUGACCGAUCGAAGAGCUGUCAUUGUCCUUUUCAUAUUGGGUAUUAGCUGGCUAUUGAGUCUCUACAGGGAUAUCGCAAAGCUCGCAAAAGCCUCGACAUUGGCGUUGAUCAGCAUGCUGAUCAUCAUUGUGACAGUCGUCACUCAGGGAGCGGUUGUCGAUUCAGACCUGCGAGGUAGUCUGAGAGGACUGCUCUUUGUCAAUGAUGGAUUCUUUCAAGCCGUUGGGGUGAUUUCUUUCGCUUUCGUCUGCCAUCACAACUCCUUGUUGAUCUACGGCUCUCUCAAAACACCCACUUUAGACCGAUUUUCGACUGUGACCCAUUACAGCACCUUCAUCUCCCUGGUUGCCUGCCUUGUCUUGGCUUUGGCGGGUUUCCUCACAUUCGGCGACAAGACCAAGGGCAAUGUAUUGAACAAUUUCCCGUCACAAGGACAUGUGCUGGUCCAGAUUGCUCGACUAUGCUUUGGGCUCAACAUGCUCACCACCCUUCCUCUUGAGUGUUUUGUCUGCAGAGAAGUGAUGAACAAUUACUGGUUCCCCGAGGAACCUUACCAGCCCAACCGACAUUUGAUUUUCAGCAGUGCCCUGGUGGUUAGCGCGAUGUCGAUCAGCUUGAUCACAUGCGAUCUCGGGGCUGUUUUCGAACUGAUUGGGGCAACCAGUGCUUGUGCAUUGGCAUACAUUUUACCGCCGUUGUGUUAUAUCAAGCUCAGCACUAGAAGCUGGAAGACAAUUCCAGCAGUGGCUUGUAUUGUAUUUGGAUUUGCUGUCAUGACUGUGAGUCUGGUGAUGGCCAUGAAGAAGAUUAUCAAAAACGAAGGCGAGACUCAUCAAUGUUAG